CGAAGCUACUGAGCGUAUGUGAAGCACGUUCCGUUGAUCGGUGUCCAAGUUGACGUUUUAUCCAUCUGCUUCACUUUCCUGACCACGUCAGUUUUGAAAAGUGCCAAGAAAGAAAUUGAAGUCUUUAUUAUUUUCUUGAUUUCCCUUACCACAUCGGUUCUGUAAAGUGUGGAAAACAGCAAACCGGAUAUGUUAAUUGCUAUAUGAACAUGCUUUUGUGACUAUUGUACCAAAGUUAUUUCAUCUCCAACUAGGUUUUCAUUCUGAACGACUUAUAUAGCACUACCUACCAUUAACUUCUGGCCAAACCUAGCUAACUGCAUAGAUCAAACUAAAUAUUCACUAAUAUUAACUUGAACUUUAAUUUCUGUCGUUCAGUACAAUUUAUUUGAUUUCACUCUUCGCUAGUCAAGUCUGGAUUGCGCAGGUACACUUUGUUAAUCAAGCUGAAGAUGUCGCCCUCUGGAGAUGACAACUGGACCGAUAUAAACAACAUUGUAAAUACCACUGUACAACGUGGUGGGGUAAAUACACCUUAUCAUGCACGAGCAGAAACUUAUAUCGUCCCUUUGGUGUUUGCGGUCAUUUUCCUAGUCGGCGUGAUCGGUAACAGUACCUUGAUCUGGGUUUUUUUACGGAACAAAGUCAUGCGCAGUGUACCCAAUACCUUCCUGGUUUCUCUGGCAGCUGGAGACUUGACUGUUCUCCUAUUUGCUGUUCCAUUUAUAGGAACCAUCUACACUUUUGAGAGCUGGCCGUACGGAGAGUUCGUGUGCAAAUUGAGCGAAUUUUUGCGUGAUCUUUCCGUUGGUGUGACUGUUUUGAGUUUGGCUGCGCUGAGUGUUGAUAGAUAUGUCGCAGUUAUCAAACCCCUCCACAAACAACGAGACGAGCGUCAGAAAAUAAUGUCCAUCACUGUUGUAGUGGUCAUCUGGGUAAUCUCGAUUGGACUGGCUAUCCCAAGUGCUUAUUUUUCGUUUAUCUAUGAAAUGUUGGCCGGUGGAGAGGUCAUCAAGAUCUGCUACCCUUUUCCUCCGGAACUAGGCCACUGGUAUCCUCGAGCCACAGUGUUAGUCAAAUUUCUAGUGUUGUACGUGAUCCCCCUGGUGGUGAUUAGUGUUUUUUACACACUAAUGGCUCAGCACCUUCUUCUGAGCACCAGACAAAAUGUAAUUAAGAAUGCCAGCCACACUCGACAGCUGGAGGCGCGCCACAAGGUGGCGUGGACUGUCUUAUCCCUGGCAGUAAUCUUCUGCAUUUGUUUUUUUCCGAGCCAUCUCUUUAUGUUAUGGUUUUAUUUCUAUUCGGACUCUUGGAACGCCUAUAACGACUUCUGGCAUGCUUGGAAGAUUGUUGGCUACGUUCUGACUUUCGCCAAUAGUUGCCUCAACCCUGUCGCCCUCUACUGUGUCAGCAGCGUUUUCCGUAACUACUUCCAACGCUACCUUUUCUGCUGUUGCCAUAGUGUCGUCCAUCGUCAACGCACACUCACUAAUCGCACUACAUAUACAUCUCUUAGAAGCACUAUAAAAAACAGUGCUACAACAAAGGUGUAGUGAAAAAUAUCUGAAUAAAGGAUUUCAAAUUUUAUAAUUCUAUUAUUUACUUGUCUCAAAAUACAAUGGUAUUAUUAUGUGUAAAACAGUAUGGUACCAUGACUAUGGUGUAAAAUGUGUUAACCAAUAUGGUACCAUUACUAUGUUAUAAAUUUGUAAAACAACAUAGUACCAUGACUAUGGUGUAACACGUGUGAAAAGUAGUAUUGUACUUUAUCAAAGUGUAAAAUAAUAGAGUAUCAUUAUUAAGAUUACAUGGUUGCGUGUACAUUAACCAGAAAGUUGGUAUGUCUCUUCUGAGAGAUCUUACAUUUUAUUAUGAACUUUGAUAUAUAUAUGUUAUGUAUAGAUGAAGUAUAAGAAUAUGUUAUUUUGUUACAAACAUUAAAACUGGACAUCAAAACUGGUGUUCAGAGGUUCACGGUCUGCAAGUUCAUCUGGCUCUCAAGACUGGUGUAAAAUAGACUAUAUAUAUCACAGAAGUUUUGUUAUAGAAUAAUUCUGUUAUGAAAGUAUAAUCAAUCAUUAAUUAAAUGGGAUUUUUGUUAGACUAAGAUUGUUUUUUGAAUAUGAUUUUCUAUACAGUACUAUAACAAAUAUUCAAGGAAUUUGAUUUAUAAGAAUGUGUUUUAUAUUUCACAUCAUAAUACGUUGUUAAAAUUAGUUAAGGAAUUAUAAUAAUUUCAGUAUUUGCUUGGAUGGCUCUAAAAAAGCCAAUAUCUUCUGGUCUAAAUGUUCAUUGUAAUGGUCUUGUAUAUUGGAAUAAACUGUUACUACUAUUGUAACUUUGAUAAAUAAACAUUUUACAUUUA